GCGAAGUUCUCUAUCUGCCGUGCAUCACAUUCUCUUUUAAUCCAGCGCGCCACGACGUUCAAUAGCUCGCAAGGUCUGAUACUCCGACGCACCGUGGUUGACCUUCGCACAGAUGAAUUUGCGCAUGGUCAACUGUACACAGCGCUGUCGAGAGUCCGAAAUCAAUGCGAUGUUCGAACGUUGUGGUCACCCACGAAUGAGGAAAGAGAGACGACGAAUGUAGUUUACUCUUCGUUACUAGAG